AGCCUGCAACAGAUCUGCCGUCUGUACGGCCCCCAGAAAAGCACCGAGGCCCAGCGGCCGUGUAACCUCGCCAAGAACCGCUCACCCCACAUCCUGCCAGCGGAACGGGUACGUCCCAGUCUGGUGUCGGUGAAGAACCGGGACGGCAGCGCGGGAUACAUCAACGCCAUCUACACUGAGUGUCACGGGGUGAGAGACGGUUUCAUCCUGACCCAGCUGCCACUGCCCCACACACUGCCCGACUUCUGGGCUCUGCUCUACGACCACAACUGUAUGACCGUGGUCAGCAUGAACCCCCCACACCAGCUCGACCAGAGCUACGUGAGCCUGUGCGGGACGGAGGGUUGGGGUCAGUAUGGGCCGUUCCAGGUGAAGGAGCGGUCAGUGUCUGUGUCGGCCGACAUCACCGAGCGCUCCUCAUCUUCCCCGCCGGCACGGCCAGGUGGGUCCCAACGUGGAACGCCGGUCUCUGUGUCUGAACUGUCUCUGUGGGUCCUCCCCGGGGAUCGGGGGGAACCUGAUGGAAUGUGGGGAACGGGGGAACUGGGAAACUGUGGUCUCCCUGGGAACGGGGAACCUGGGAACGGGGAACUCGGGGAAUGUGUACUGGGGGAACGGGGGAACGGGGGGGAACCGGGGGAACCGGGGGAAACGGGGGAACGGGGGAACAGCUCUGAGCGGGAGGUGAAGGUACUGCAGCUGGACAACUGGCCAAUGGAGGAGCCAGUCCCUGCAUCCCCACGGACAAUCCUCAGCCUGGACCAGCGGGUGCAGACGUGGCAGCAACAGCACAAACACACACCCAUCGUCAUCACCUGCUGGGAUGGUGCCACUCGCUCCGGGCUCUACUGCGCUGCCAGCAACCUCUGCCAGCAGAUUCGCCGCCACCGCAUGGUCGACGUGUUCCAGACCGUCAGGACCGUUCGCAGAAGCCGGCCACAAGCCCUGGCAUCACUGGUACCUGGCAGGGGGUCUGCACUCUGGGAUCAGUAUGCUUUCUGUUACCGGCUGGCCAAGGAAUACCUGGAGCAGGAGACGGCCAGUACAGAGGUGGCCGGAGCUGCCGAGGCAGUGACCGCUGACCGGGAUGGUGAUGCCCCGCAGUGA